UUCCUCAUAUGUUCAGCCUAUUAUGUAGGUUAACAAAACUCAAAUUGGUAAUCGUUUAUCUUAUGAUGUUCUCCGAGUGGAGUUUUGGAUGACAUCUAUGUAAAAAUUUAGAAUAAUUUUCUUCUUCAAUGUAUUUAUCAAAUAAUUUAGAAAGAAGUUGUGAACUAUAUCAUCACCAACUUUUUUAAUAGUACUUCCAAGUGUAUAAAUUGACUCGUAAGUACUUUUAGCUUAUUGCGGAAGUUCAAUAAGUUGUCACCUUCUGUUGCUCAUCAAAAACUCGCAUUUAAUGAAGAAGUUGAAUUGUUAAAUGAGACCAUUGAUUAAUAAAUGUUGCAAAACCCUCCAAUUUCCACCCACAAGACUGAAUAUUCAAGGUCAAUUCUACAACCUCCGAUACAUUUUUAAAGAAUGCAACGAACUGUUUCAAACUUCGAAGACUCAAUUUUUUAGAAGCGGGUUAUGAACCCAAUACAGUAAUAUUAGCCUAGUACUCACGAUCUCAAUACACGCAAUUUACAAAAACCUCUCAACACCUUCAAAACAGAAAAAAAAGAAGCUAUCACUUGUGAUUAUUCGAAUAAUCACAAGUGAUUUCACAUGGAUGCACAAUCGAAUAAAUUUCCAAAUGGCCAGAAAGAUGACAUGAAUACAGUUCACACAAAACAACAAAGUAAAACGCUUGGCAAGAGAUACAAACUCCAUAGCAAUUGCUCACACAUCUAUGAAAAAGGUGAAUGAGAAGAAGAAAGAGAUAUGGAGGCAUGAAUGAGUGGGUGCCGAGUUCCCUGGUGAGGCAGCAGCAAUGCUCUGGGUGUAGGGUUUUGCCGACGUUCUCUCCGAAGCUCCAUCGCCGCCGUGCUCAUGUCUGAUACCGUUGGGCAGCAGAGAGAGAGAGGUUCGGGUGAUGCGGGUUGCCUUGUGUACUCACUCCUACCCAGGGGAGCUUCAUUCGCAAGGUCGACUAGGCGAUGGUGCUCCAUCAGACCAUGACGCACUCUCAGGUGGGCUUGCCCAUCACCAGCAAUGCGUCAGCCAUGAGCUUUGUAUCUGGCUCGAACCAGAUUGGUGGCUAUUCGAGGAGUUUAGAGGCCUGGAGGUUUGAAAGUUUAUCAUUUUCGUCACAGGCGUUUAGAUUAGUAGCUCCAUCGGUGAGGCAAUUACGAGGGUUUAGCUGGCGAAGGCCCAAUGGAUUAGUAUGUCGGGCUAUGGGCGCAGCAUUUGGGAGCUCGGAUGUGAAUUCCUCGGGUCCAGUGUUUCCAAGGCUUGGUGUGCAAGACCCAUUCAAGCGGUUGGGAGUGAGCCAGGACGCUUCAGAGGAGGAGGUGCGCGAAGCUCGGAAUUACUUGGUUGAGCAGUACAAUGGUCACGAGAAGAGCCGAGAGGCGAUUGAGUCUGCAUACGACACGAUUAUCAUGCAGAGCUUUCGCGUGCGGAAAGCAUCUAAAAUGGAUUUGAAGAGUAACUUGAGGAAGAAGGUUGAGGAGUCGCCUCCGUGGGUGCGGGGGAUUGUGAACAUGAUCGAAGUGCCUAGUAAGACUAUCAUGGGACAACGAGCUGCCCUGUUUCUGUUACUUGGAGUGUGGAGUGUGUUCAACCCUGCAAAUGGAGGGCCGGCUUUUCAGGUUGCCAUUUCGCUAGCGGCAUGUGUGUACUUUCUCAAUGACAGACUCAAGAGCGUCGCCAGAGCAUCCGUGCUUGGAGUGAGUGCUUUGGUCUUAGGCUGGGUUUUGGGUUCGGUCUUGAUGCCAGUGAUUCCCAAGCAGAUUCUUCCCAAGUCUUGGUCGUUAGAACUCAGCACAGCUCUUGUCUCCUACAUCUUUUUGUGGUUUUCGUGCACAUUUUUGAAGUAGAGCGACAUUGUGUGCGUAGUGGGUAUUUGGAUAGAGUGAGGGGAAAGAAGAGGGGAGGGACACACAUAUAUAUAUAAGCUCAUUCGCAGAAAAGAGGCUCGAUGCCUGCAUUCAUACUCCGACGCUGUAAAGUAAACAGGCGUUACCUGGUCGUUUCAUGUUUAGGUCUGCAGGGGUCUACAGAGGUCGAACAGAAUUCGAGAUGAUUCUAAGAUAAGAAUAAAUUGUACGGAGGAGGCUUGCCGCGAUUUUCAUUUAGUAGCAUAAUGACAUAGUUGCUGAAUUAAUGAGUUAUUGCCAAUUCUGAUUUUAGAGUCUUGCGGAAACUCGUUUUGGAAUUCUUUGUAAGAAUGCUACUUAUCUGGUAGUAAAAUUUGAUGUAGCGCAAAUCACUUGUCCUAUUUUAAAGUAAACGAUUUACAGGCA